AUGCCUGCUCGUGCGGUCAUCUCCUCAUUCCCUAUGAAUAGCAACCGCGGGCGCGCAAUACUGGUCUCCCCACCAUGGGAGGCGUCUGACGCAACUACAGACACGUCCGAAGACGAGGACACCGAAGACAGCGAUGGGGGUCGGAUUGUACUAGGCCACGCGUUCAGGAUGCUCGUGAGACGCUUGAUAGCGGAGGCACGGAGGCAGGAAUCAGAGGUGGAGGUUAGACUGAGGGAAAUCAACGGUCGCCUCUUCCGCGCCUACACCGGAAUCAACACUCUAGUAGCCCGAGUUAAUACGCUGUCCAGGCCUUCGCCUGCUCGCUCCAACGUCAUUGUACGCGAAGCACAGACAUUUCAACAGCUACGUGUAGAGGUGGAAAGACUUGCCAAUCGCGUGUAA